AUGGAUGCUGGGGUUUGGUUUUGCAUCGAAAUUAGAUUUUCAGCUGGUGUCGCAUUUUGCACCGGUGUUGGGUUUUUAGCUGGAUUUCCUACUGGAACUGGGUUUUGCAUUAUAAGCAAAGCUGGUUGGCAUUGUCCUUUACAAAGUCGCUAUGCUCCUCCAGUACAAAAAACUAAAUAG